UUUGACUUUUCGUUUGCUUUGACUUGUCAGUCCUUUUUUGAUCAAUCCAAUCCCCCAAUCACAAACCUCUUCUUCAACCUCUUGAAUCUCAAAUUCUCAAUCCUCAUCAUCAUCAUCAUCAUCUUCUUCUUCUUCUUCCUCUUCGCAUUUAACAACAAUGUCUAAUUUCACUUACACUUCUGCUUUCAACCUAUCAGACUCCCCUUUAAAUUCCGCCAUUGGUUCUUCUUCUUCUUCUUCUUCCUCUGCGUUCGUCUCCGCUUCCGAUGAUGAUAAUACCGACGACGCUUGUAGCAUCUGUCUCGAGCCUUUCACUCUCCAGGAUCCUUCCACUGUGACCAGUUGCAAACAUGAAUAUCACCUUCAGUGCAUCAUUGAAUGGUCACAGAGAAGCAAAGAGUGUCCUAUUUGCUGGCAAUUGUUUGUUUUGAGAGAUCCUGCUAGCCAAGAGCUUUUGGUAGCUGUGGAAAAGGAAAGAUUGUUGAAAACCAAGAACAUAUCUUCAUCAUCUCCAAUAUCCAUUCAUCAUCACUCUCAUGAGGAUUUUCACUCUGAAGAGGAGGAAUCGCAGUUUAGCAGCUUUGAUGAGCAAUUCUUGAGGCAUCUCACCGAAGCUGCACAUAGGCCUUGUUUGCUUCGCAGAAGGGGGCAGGGUCAAAUAUCCUCAAGUCUUGUUUCGUCCAGUGAUCUUAGUACUAUUCAUCCUUCUGAUUUGGCCAGUUUUUAUCGUAUCUCUGCUAUUUCCCAAGUUGAAAACCUUUGUCCGAGUCCUGGCUCAAUGACAGCAUCCCCUAUCUCUGGUCACUCUUCCGCUCCUCCAGAUAGCAGCAACGCAUCCAGAAUCUCCCCUGGCCUUUCUCCAUCUCGUUCAUCUCAAAGUCCAGAUCCACGUGAAGCAUCCUCUCUUCCCGAAGCCAUAAAAUCCAAACUAGCUGCUGCUUCUGCAAAGUACAAGGAAUCGAUCUCUAAAAGUAAACAAGGUCUUAAGGAAAAGCUACUUGCUCGCAAUAACUCGGUGAAAGAAUUGAGCAAAGGAGUGCAACGUGAGAUGAAUGCAGGAAUAGCUGGUGUUGCACGAAUGAUCGAACGCUUGGAUUUUGCUUCUAAACGUUUUGGAGGGUCUGCUCAUGUAUCAACCUCCACUGCUACUGCUUCUGGAUUCAAUUUCUCAUUCAAAGGGAAGCGUGUAGAAGCCAAUACCAAGUCUAACAACAGUGGGGACAAAACCGAACCCCAAAAGCUGCAGGGUGGAGAAACGUGCUGAGGAAAUCAGAUAAAUGGAGAGGCCUUUUAAUGCAAGCGAUGUACGUUUCCAUUGAAUCAACUUGCCCGUUGGUCUUCGCAUCCUGCAUUGUUCAGAGCUCACGGUCUGGUCUCUCUCUCUCUCUCUCUCUCUCUCUCUCUCUCUUUUCUCUGUUACUUUUGCGAUGAGUACUUUAAGAAGGCUUGAAUAAGCAACUGAGUAAUCUUUUAAUUACUCGAUUUUCACGGAGUCAAAAACUUUAUAUUAAUUUUAUUUCUAAGGAUAAUGUUAUAAGUAUGUUGUUUCA